AUGCAUCUCAUGUUCGCCGACAAUAUUAUUGGACCAAACUCUGAUAAUGCUCUAUAUGAUAAGGCUCUCCAACCGGCACCUGGUGCCCCCAUUGGAAUUAUUCAUGAUUGGUAUCCAACGAACAAAUCCCAGUAUAACGAGCUACAGAAGUUGAAUUCCGAGCGCUCUAGAGUCAACAUACCGUUCAUUCAAUCGGGCGAAUGUCUCCAUGGUGUGGGGUCGUUCAAGCAAUCCAUGUUUCCACAGUCUAUCGGGAUGUCGGCAUCUUUUGACACCAACCUUGUGCAUCGAGUCGGUAGAGCCAUUGGCACAGAAGCUAGCUCAAUUGGAAUCCACGCGUGCUUUUCCCCUGUGCUUGAUUUAGCAAAAGAUCCUCGAUGGGGCCGCGUUCAAGAGGAUUGGGGGGAAGACAUGGUCUUGACAGCCCAUAUGGGAGUGGCAUACGCGUCGGGUCUGUCUAAAAAUAGCAGUUGGUCAGAUCAUGAUGCAGUGGUGCCAGUCAUGAAGCACUUUGCUGCCCACGGGAGCCCCCAAGGGGGCCAUAAUGCCGCACCUUUCAUGGGAUAUGGCACUCGAGAAGUGCUCCAAGAGAUGCUUGUUCCGUUCAAGGCUGCAGUCGAGCUUGGAGGUGUCAAGGGCGUCAUGAUGGCUUAUAGUGAAUUUGAUGAUGUGCCUUCUUCGGUGAACCCUCUACUGUACGAGGCAUUGGCAGACUGGGGGUUUGAUGGUUACGUGACUGCUGAUGAUGGCGGUCUUUCCGAGUUGCUUUAUACCCAUCAGGUCACAAGCUCCGUGGCGGACACGAUUGCACAGUGGCACAAUGCUGGAGGCAUGGUUCAAUAUUACGAUUUUCCUUUACAGGAAUAUGUGGAUGCGACCGUCAAUUUGAUAGGGAAUGGAACGUUGACAAAAACAACAUUACAGUCAUUAGUUCGACGUAUACUCGCAGUGAAGUACGACUUGGGGCUUUUUGACAAUCCUUAUAUCCCCGAAGACGUUGAUUCACAUGCCAUUACAGCGUCUCAUGUCCCACUUACUUUGGAGGCAGCACAAAAGAGCAUUGUUUUGUUGGAAAACCACAAUUCUACACUCCCGAUCCGUCCAUUACAACAGGAUAUUAGACGAAUUGCCUUAAUUGGUCCUUUUAGCGAUAUAUUCAACUACGGUGAUUACUCUGGGCAAUGGGGAGGAUAUCCCGUCAAAAAUGCGAGUACCAUACGCCAGGGAAUUCUUCAACACCUUUCAAAAGAAUUUCCUCAGACUGAGCUCCUUACCAGCUGGGGAGCAAACACAUGGACAUAUAACGCACAGUACAACAUCCCGCCUUAUUUGCUCUCUGCCAACGGCACAUCAGGGGGUUUACUUGCAACGUACUAUGCAUCGCCUGACUUCAAUGAUGCAAGAUUCCAAAAGAUCGAAACACCGAGCUUAGAUUGGGGUCUUUAUCCGCCAGUGGGACUACCUUCAAACAAUUUCAGUGUGAUCUGGGAAGGGAAAGUCACAGUGCCUGUUGACAGCAGUAUUGAAGGAUGGUUUGGGGUUGCUGUCUACCCAAAUACCACUGCAAAGCUUUACAUAGAUGGAAAACUGCUUGUCGAAGCCGAAGCGACCCUUUCAGGAAACAUUCUAUCCAACAUCCCCGGAUUGUCAUACACCUCGGUAAACAGCACGGUUGCCCCUCCAGGUUCAGCACCAUUCACAUUCCGAAAGUCCGCCACGCAUGAUGUUCGGCUGGAAUAUCAGGCUUGGAAUUAUUUCCAAAAGGUUGAAAACGUUAAUUCCUUGAACGCGCAGGUGCUAAUGUUCUGGAAUCUGGUGGAUCAAACUGAUCCAAUUGGAAAGGCUGUUGCGCUUGCCAAAACAUCCGAUGUCAUUGUCCUUGCUGUCGGUGCGAACUGGAACAGUGACGGCGAGUCUGGAGACCGAGCAACCCUUGAAUUGUCUCCAAAUCAAACUGCCCUUACUAAUGCAAUUUUCGAUCUAAAAAAGCCGGUGAUUCUCGUGCUACAGGGAGGUCGUCCAUUCGCUAUUCCUGAAUAUUACAACAGGGCAGCCGCAGUUCUCAAUACAUUCUUCCCCGGUCAGUCUGGUGGACAAGCUAUCUCGGACGUCCUCUUCGGCACAGUCAACCCCGGAGGGCGGGUCCCAAUCAGUGUACCAUACAAUGUUGGAACAUUACCAGCAUUUUACAACUAUAAACCGUCAUUCCCAAGGGACUACACCGAUAUCCCAUAUCAGCCAAUUUAUUCGUUUGGAUACGGCUUAUCGUACACAGAAUUCAAGCUCUCCAAAUUCCACGCCUUUGCAAACUCGACUACGAACACACGUAGUAAAUCUCAGUUUAACCCACAUUCAGUCAUUACCUUUUCGGUGGAAAUCACGAACACUGGCAGCUUAGCGGGAAGCUACACAGCUCAGGUCUAUCUCUUGGGUCGCGUUUCCUCGAUCACCCGGCCUGUGAGGCAACUCGUUGCCUUUAGCCGUGCAUAUCUCUCAGCAGGGGAAACACGAAUUGUGACUAUGGACUUGGAUGUGUCACGGUAUUUGGUCAUUCUUGAUCGUCGAUAUAACUGGACUGUAGAGAGCGGUGAUUAUACCUUUGCACUCAUGGAAAAUGGUGGCAACCUUGCCAGCACUGAAAUGAAUGUCACCCUAACCUGUACCUAA